CAGUUCCGAAAAGCAAUCGAAUUCUUUGAGCGGGCUCUUGGUAUCGCAGAAGAGACUGGAAACAAAAAUUCAGAAGGAACAACGCAUGGAGGCCUUGGUGCUGCUUAUCACACUCUCGGGCAGUUCCGAAAAGCAAUCGAAUUCUUUGAGCGGGCUCUUUGUAUCGCAGAAGAGACUCGAAACAAAAAUUUAGAAGGAACAACUUAUGGAGGCCUUGGUGCUGCUUAUCACUCUCUCGGGCAGCUCCGAAAAGCAAUCGAAUUCUUUGAGCGGGCUCUUGGUAUCGCAGAAGAGACUGGAAACAAAAAUUUAGAAGGAACAACGUAUGGAGGCCUUGGUGCUGCUUAUCACUCUCUCGGGCAGUUCCGAAAAGCAAUCGAAUUCUUUGAGCGUGCUCUUGGUAUCGCAGAAGAGACUGGAAACAAAAAUUCAGAAGGAACAGCAUAUUUAAACCUUGGCAAUGCAUAUAACUCUCUCGGGCAGUUCCGAAAAGCAAUCGAAUUCUGUCAGCAGGCUCUUCGCAUCGUGAGGAAGACUGGAAACAAAGAUUUAGAAGGAGAGGUGUGUGUUACCCUUGCUUUUGCUCACUGCUCUCUCAGGCAGUUAGAAAAAGGAAUCGAGUUCUAUGAGCAGGCUCUUGGUAUCGCAAAAGAUACUGGAAGCAAAGAUUUAGAAGCAAAAACAAAUCAGGGCCUUGGUAGUAUUCAUCUUUAUCUCGAUAAUGUCGAAAAGGCAUUCGAAUUCUUAAAGCAGUCUCUUAAAAUCGCAAAGGAGACUGGACAAAAAGUUAGAGAAGGAGUGGCAUAUGCGCACCUUGGUCAUUUCUAUGCCUCGAGGGAUUUUGAAAAAGCAUUCGAGUUCCUUCAGUUUGCUGUUAGUAUCGGAAAAGAGACUGGAAGCAAAAGACUAGAACGUUUAGCGUACAGACUACUUGGGAUAGUUUUUCUGGAAUUCCCCGACGACUUUUCCAGAGCUGAGGAGUAUUUCAAUUGUAGUAUCAAACUGCUAGAAGAAAUGAGGGAUCUUCUGCAAGACAACGACCAAUGGAAAAUCAGUUUUCGAGAUCAAUAUAGCGUUUAUACAGAUUUAUGGUGUCUUCAAUUACGUCAGGGCAAGACCCUCGAGGCCUUUUUUACAGCUGAGCGGGGACGAGCACAAGCUCUCAAGGAUCUCAUGAAAUCAAGAUACAGCGUCGAAUUAACUCAGUUAUCGUCGGAGGAGCAGAUGGAAAGAAUAUCCUGCAUUUCAACCCAUAUUUCAUCCCCUACGAUAUUUAUCGCGGAGGUCCCAGAAGAAUCAGUGAAUUUCUGGUUGCUGUUGAAAGGUCAGCAGUGGCAGUUUGUGCGAAAGAAAACCAAUCAGUCCUUGGUUUAUUUAAUUAAGAAAGCACAUCAACAAAUGAAAGUUGAUAAACCUGUCAGGGGCAAAGAUCGUUCCUUGGAUGGAAUAGAAGAUGAAGAGAUCGGGGAGUCAUCCAGCAGGGGUACAAAUGAGGAAGAAUCAACUCCACCACAAGAGGGUGAUGAUGCAUUGAAAAAAUUGUAUGACGUCAUUAUUGCUCCGUUUUUACACUUGAUAAAUGGCAAUGAACUUGUUAUUGUCCCUGAUGGAGCAUCAUUCUUGAUUCCUUACGCUGCCCUUGUGGACCAGAAUGGCAGGUAUUUAUCUGAAACGCUGAGAAUUCGAUUGGCUCCAUCUGUGACCAGCUUAAUGCUGCUGGCAGAGUGUCCGGAUGACCGCCAUAGUACAUCUGGUGUACUACUCGUCGGUGAUCCAUGGGUGGAAACUGUUUGCUUAGGCCGCAAAAGGUUUGCGCAGCUCCCUUGGGCCGAGAAAGAGGUGAAAAUGCUUGAAGAAAUGCUAAACGUCCAGCCUCUUACAGGAAAGAACGCUUCCAAGGAACGAGUAUUACGCAGACUCGAGUCAGUUUCCUUAGUGCACAUUGCAGCUCAUACUCGUUCAGAAACAGGUGAAAUUCUUUUGUCUCCUAAUCAUGCUAGUCCCGAAAGACCCAAAGAGCAGGACUUUCUUUUGGCAAUGGAAGAUGUGUUGAAGGCAAAGCUGCGUGCUAAGCUUGUUGUCUUAAGCUGCUGUCACACUGGGAAAGGGAAGAUCUGUGCUGAAGGAGUAGUUGGUAUUGCACGUGCUUUUCUGGGGGCCGGUGCCCGUUCUGUUAUUGCGUCACUGUGGGCAAUCGAAGACAAAGCCACUAUUGAAUUAAUGAGAAACCUCUACGAACAUUUGAUUGCAGGGCAUAGCGCAAGUAAGUCUCUCAAUCAGGCCAUGAAAUUGGUGCGGGAGUCUGGUGAAUUCAAUGAAGUGAGGCAAUGGGCGCCGUUCGUGCUGAUUGGUGAUGACGUG